AUGGAGAUGGUCCUGUUCGUCGAAGAGAGCAUCCGUGAUGGCGGUGUUCUUGUGACAGGGUCCCCCACCCCACCCACACCGACGGCGACGACAUCGUUCGUUCCUCUUCCGCAACACAAACUAUCUUGGCAGCCACCGUGCUCCUCCUCUCCAUCGCCACCUCUGUGUUUUCAGGAUGCAUCCGUGGAGGGACAUCCAGAGUCAUCAAAAUCAGUUGUACUUAUAACAGGAACAGCAGAAUACAACAUGGUAUCACUUGAUAGCUCAUCGAAGGCAUGCCUUUGGGAAAUGGGAUCGCCUUUUCUUCCUUGUAGGACACGAAAUGGUGUCCUUGUGGCUAAGGCUCACUCCCUCCAGUGAUGAUUGUAAUUGAAGUACAUUGAUGGAAUGAUGGUAAUCUCUUGGAAAUAAGCAUAUAAAUUUUCUCCUUCCCUUUG